GCCAUUUUGCAGGCGGCUGCCGCGGGGACCCGAGGCGGCGGCAGGCACUGCGGCGCGAGCGGUGCGAUCGGCGGGACGCGAGCCCAGCGAGCUGCAGGCAGGCUGACCUCAGACGCACUCUGUAGCCUAGGCAGACUGUGAACUUGUGAGCUUCCGGAAAGCUUCAGUCUUCUGGGUAGUUGUCAUAGACCUGAACCUGCACAGGAACUGAAGUGUGGAUUUGAUUCUGCUUUCUUGGACUUGCCAUCAUUCAGCUUUGAUCUUGGAGCCCAGAUGCCAGUAACAGUGUGUGGACCGCUCCACCAAGUGCCAUAGGUGAUAAGAGAUGACAGCAACCUCAGUCUGAGAAUCCAGUGUUCCAAGUGCUGCAGAGAAGCUGUCUCUGGUCUUAAACUCCGGGCUUGAGUAAGCCUUCCCCGUAAGCACUCCAGGCCACGGUGGCGCAGGUCACCCAGCCUUCCUGGAUGAUGGGUGUCGGCAAGAACACGGCGUCCAAGUCAGCGGAGGCUGGGGGCUCCACGGAGGGCAGAUAUGAAGAGGAGGCAAAGCACCCCAAUUUUUUUACUCUCCCGGUGGUGAUCAAUGGCGGGGCCACGUCCAGUGGAGAGCAGGAUAACGAAGACACUGAGCUCAUGGCAAUAUACAGCACAGAGAACGGCAUUGCCGAGAAGAGCUCUCUUGCAGAGACCCUAGACAGCACUGGCAGCCUGGAUCCCCAGAGGUCGGAUAUGAUCUACACUAUAGAAGAUGUCCCUCCCUGGUACUUGUGCAUAUUCCUGGGGUUGCAGCACUACCUGACGUGCUUCAGUGGCACAAUCGCAGUGCCCUUUUUGCUGGCUGAUGCCAUGUGCGUGGGGGAUGACCAGUGGGCCACCAGCCAGCUCAUCGGGACCAUUUUCUUCUGCGUGGGAAUCACUACAUUGCUGCAGACAACAUUUGGAUGCAGGUUACCCCUGUUUCAGGCCAGUGCUUUUGCAUUUUUGGCCCCUGCUCGAGCCAUCCUGUCUUUAGAUAAAUGGAAAUGUAACACCACAGAGAUCACAGUUGCCAAUGGAACAGCAGAGCUGUUGGAACAUAUCUGGCACCCCCGGAUCCAAGAGAUCCAGGGGGCUAUCAUCAUGUCCUCAUUGAUAGAAGUGGUCAUUGGCCUCCUUGGCCUGCCAGGGGCUCUGCUGAGGUAUAUUGGGCCCUUGACCAUCACACCCACCGUGGCCCUCAUUGGCCUCUCUGGUUUCCAGGCAGCAGGAGAGAGAGCUGGAAAGCACUGGGGCAUUGCCAUGCUGACGAUUUUCCUAGUGUUACUCUUCUCGCAAUAUGCCCGAAAUGUUAAAUUUCCUCUCCCGAUUUACAAAUCCAAGAAAGGGUGGACAGCAUACAAGUUCCAACUUUUCAAAAUGUUUCCUAUAAUCCUGGCUAUCCUCGUGUCCUGGCUGCUGUGCUUCGUCUUCACGGUGACCGAUGUCUUCCCUUCCAACAGCACCGACUACGGCUACUAUGCUCGCACGGAUGCCAGGAAAGGCGUACUUCUGGUAGCCCCGUGGUUUAAGGUUCCCUACCCAUUUCAGUGGGGGAUGCCCACCGUCUCUGCAGCUGGUGUCAUUGGCAUGCUCAGUGCUGUCGUAGCCAGUAUCAUUGAGUCCAUCGGCGACUACUAUGCCUGUGCCAGACUCUCCUGUGCCCCGCCACCUCCCAUCCAUGCAAUAAACAGGGGUAUUUUCGUGGAGGGUCUUUCCUGUGUUCUCGAUGGCAUAUUUGGUACCGGGAAUGGCUCUACCUCCUCCAGUCCCAAUAUUGGAGUUUUGGGAAUUACAAAGGUCGGCAGCCGCCGCGUGAUCCAGUAUGGUGCAGCUCUCAUGCUGGGCUUGGGCAUGGUUGGCAAGUUCAGCGCCCUCUUCGCCUCCCUCCCAGACCCCGUGCUUGGAGCCCUCUUCUGCACACUCUUUGGAAUGAUCACAGCUGUUGGCCUCUCUAACCUGCAGUUCAUUGACUUGAAUUCUUCCCGGAACCUGUUUGUGCUUGGAUUUUCCAUCUUCUUCGGGCUUGUUCUUCCAAGUUACCUCAGACAAAACCCUCUGGUUACAGGUAUAACAGGGAUUGAUCAAGUACUGAAUGUUCUUCUCACCACUGCUAUGUUCGUAGGAGGCUGUGUGGCUUUUAUUUUGGACAACACCAUCCCAGGUACCCCAGAGGAAAGAGGAAUCAAGAAGUGGAAGAAGGGUGUGAGCAAAGGGAGCAAGUCUCUUGACGGCAUGGAGUCCUACAACCUGCCAUUCGGCAUGAACAUUAUUAAAAAAUACAGAUGCUUCAGCUACCUGCCUAUCAGCCCAACCUUUGCAGGCUACACAUGGAAGGGCUUUGGGAAGAGCGAGCACAGCCGGAGUUCAGACAAAGACUCCCAGGCCACAGUAUAGCCUUUGCUGUGCCCUGUGGCCUGGCCACAGUAAGGCAUGUGUCUGUAGUUCCUGGCUGAAUAACAAGAAGAUAUAUGUUUGUAUAUCUACAUGGCAUCCUGCACCUCAGAGCUAAGACAGGUUGCACGUCACUCUUCUGUUGAGGGUGGUGAUUGUGUCCAAUAUGGUGUCUCCCUUGUGUCCUUACUGGUCCCUUACCCUUUGUGUCCAUUGCUGGCCAUGGUCACUGAACUUGAAAUCACAGUCCUGCCAUUGGAGUGGGCAUUGGAAUCCCUAGUGUUCCUGCUUUCAGUCCCCUCUGCCUUCCAGUGCUCUCUUUCCUACAAGCUGCUUCGAGGUCCAGGGGUUUCUGCUUCUUAAACACUAUGUCCCAGUCUUCUCAUGUGACCUCAGCCUGAACCCUGUGGAGACCUCCUCUGGCCAGGAGCCAUUGGUGUCCUUACUUUGUUGUGAUUCUGUUAUCCCUGAUACCCCAGGAGCCUAUUAACUGACUGAGAAUAAGAACAUGUCUUUCUUGUGACCAGACGUGAGUGUACAUAAGGUCCUGUAUGGCUGCGACUGGGUGGAGCUGUAUAGAUUGACAGGGAACGGAAAGGUCCUCAGUCAAUGAAAUUCUCAACUACACUCCCACCAUGUCACCCUGAACCCAUCCAGGCCAGCACAGUUCUUACUGGUCUGUUUUCUUGGCUGAGACACCCUAUUUGGCAUGUUCACUGCUGGCUGGUGUGAUGGGUAUAGAGUGCCCACAGAUAAGUCUAUGGAUGCUUUGGCUCUGCUGUCCUGUACUUGUGUGUGUGUUUUAUUCCUAUUUAAUGUUAUUGACUAUAGCGGAUUUUUGAAAUCAGUGUUUUCCAUGUGAACUUCCAACCUUGCAUCCUGUUCCUUGUCUCUGCUCUCUACUCCAUCCAGAAAAGAACCAGUGUCUGCAAAAGCUGUGGGGGCCAUCAGGGAAGCUUCUAUGUUGGCUGUGGAAAGCCAGUGGCAAUUGUUGUGGGUGUGUUUUGUACUGCUCUAUACCAUGAAAGUGUAAAUACUGUAAUGUCUAAUCUAUUUAUCACAACUGACUACUGGACCAGGGCCCAGAAACAUGGGUCAAGUUACAUGUGAAUUUGUUUGGUGAAGAAGGGAAGCUGGGACAUGCGGGAGCGUCACCACAUGGGAUGUGCCAUUAUCUAGCUAAAGCGGGGACAGUUACAGCGUCACCACAUGGGAUGUGCCAUUAUCUAUCUAAAGUCAUUCCUUCCUUCCUUCUGUUGCAAGUCAUUGCUGCCAGAUCUGGCUUAAUAAGACUUUGUGUGGGUUGUCAGGUCACAUGUCCACUGGAUCUUGAUUCUUGCAGGAGGGAAGAUUUGAUCUCUUAGUGAAAUAUGCUGUGGGACAUGUUGCAGAGGAUAGUAAGAAAGGCAGCCUUUAGGUGCCCUCUAAUGUGGUUCUAAUGUGGAGAACAAACCUCGCAGACAAAUGACUUGUACUGAAGGCUUUGGUUUCCAAGCCAAGGGAAAAGCUGAAGACAUGAGUAAUGACCUUGCUUCGUGAGAUUGUACCUCUUAAGUGGCUGUGGACCUGGCUGAACUGUGGGUGGCAGUGGGCAUCCCUGUUACCCUUAGCAAGGCGUGGUUCUCGGUGCCUGUCUUUGGUAUGUGCUUCUUUGCCCAGGCUGGCGUGAUGUCAUCGUGUUGCCAGGUCUUUGUGUUUCUGUAGCCCUCAUGACCCUUGAGAGUUUUGGGGUGCAGUAACACCUUAGAGCCACUUCACGGUUUUGCCAAAAUCUUACUCCAGAUUAAGUACAGAACGUGGUUUCUAACUGUAUUUAGUUUUGUAUGUAUAUUCAGACAGUCAGUGCUUUGGAAGCACACUGGUGAGUAGCAUUUUGCCCCUCCUUCCUUAGCAAGCCUGUUUGGCUGACAGCUCUCUUGCUAUUGUGCCCCAUUUGCAUUUUGCUUAGUUGAUCCAGUUUCUCUGUUCUGACAAAGUGGAAAACUGGUAAAUCCCAGAUCUGCAGUAGAGUGGCGCUACAGCGAACAGGAGCAGUCCACCCGGAAGCAUGAGAACGGCCUGUAAUCCAGGCCGUGUCCCACCACCUGGGCCUGUGCUGCUGGGUGCCACCUGAGUCUUCUAUUGGCUGUAGCUUGCUCUGGGGCAUGGGCUCAGCAAGUAUUUGUGUGGCUAAGGAAGUGCUAUGCCAACAUCUCCCCUUAGAAACUAGGUUUCCCCUUCUUGCUUCAUCAGAGCCAACUCUUGAUAUUUUUGGAGGGGACAGGAGGUAGGAGCAGAGGGAGGAGUAGCUUGCUCAUGGGCCUCCAGGGAGUGGGGUACAGUCUGCACCACCCUGAGUGGCCGUUCAUUGUCACCACUAGUAAGGUCUGUCCAUGCAAUUUGUAGUCCUCCCAGACAUAUAGGGAAUGUGUGUUUAUGUACCAGAUGGGAGCGUGUAGGGGACAUGGUAGCUGUGUGAUCUGUUUGUUCCUUCUGUGUCCAGUGCUGGCCUGCAUGAUUGGAACUUGGAGUUGCUCUGUGUGGUUACCAGUGGACUGUUAGAAAGUGAGCAUCUUACAGGGCAGUCCACUCCUAGAUCUCACAGUGAACACCUGCCUCCUCCCUCUCCUGAGAGCAAGCAUUUGUGUCAGCCACAGGAAGCUGAAGUAUUAAGGGAAGAAAUGCUGUAGCUACCCUGUGGGGAGACUUCUCGUAGGAAAGUAACAGGCACCAGGCUUCGUGACUUUCAUUCUCCUUUAUAAGUUAGAUAUUGAUUCAGUAGAACAUUUAUGCUCAGAAUCUUUCUUAAAAAGGGAUAAUACUUAAAACCCUAAAAAGGGUUUCUAGUAUUAACUUUGAUUGGGCUUAAUCCAGGUAAAUAAAAGAGGCUUUAUCAGAGAGGUGGAGUGAAGCAUUGUGGGUCCUACCGGUAUCCCAUUUUCACAGUAACAAAUUCACAUGCAGGAUUUACUUUAUACUGUAGAAUACUGACUUUCAUGAUGACAACUUGAUUUAUGCAUGAAUAUCAACAGUAUUUCCAUAUAGUAAAAUAACAUUUCUGCCCAGGAUAAUAGUCACAGUUUUCCAGGGAGGGAAUGAUAUAAUUUUCAUGACAAUGUCAUGUGCUGAUAGAAUUUCUCCAUUGAUGAACCUCUAGUAUGUGUGUAUACUUUAUUUACCCGUGUGUAUGUUUUAUGAUCAUGAUCUAAGCUGUUAAUCCUUUCAUUCAUGUCCCUGCUGAGACACUGAUAUUAGCAACUAAGACUUAAGAGUUGGUGAGUUUAAUCUUCAGUCACACCAGUUCCACAGAGAUGAGGCCUCAGUCCAGAACCCGUCUUCAUAGAAAAGCAGCAGUAGCCUGCGGGUGGCUGUGCUUGGAACAGCCAUUUGGCUGCCAGUAGCAGGCCUGGCAUGGUGUGACAUGAGGGCCCGAUUACCUGACUGUUGCUGGACACCAGCUGUGCAUACCUGAGCAUGCCCAGUGCAUAUUGGGUUCAUGCACAGCGCCUGGAUCUGAGCUUUGACCAAGCUCUGGCCUCCAGGGAGCUGCGUCCUUCUCCGUCCCAUUAAGAUUUGGACUCAGAAAACAUCUUCCACUUCCCAUUCUUCCUACAGUCAGAACCCUAGUAGUGCACGAAGGCCCGUGUGUGGCAGCAUUCAGCUCGCAUCCACGGAAUCCCAAAGCACAGUAGUGCUGGGCCUCCCUUCUCUGCAGCCUCACAGACCUCCCCAUCCUUCCAGGAUGCUGACUGCCGUGUCACCACCCUGAUACCCAGCGUUCUCGGGUGGCUGCAUAUGUUUCCAGUGUUCAGAACACUCAUAACCGAUCUUGCUGUCUGCUGCCAUCUGACAGUCCAGUAAACCCUUUUCUGUCCGUUCCUAACAACUUUUGUUUGACACAUUAAAAAGAUUCUGACUGUCCUUAAGACAGUAGAGAUGCCUCUCUUUUAUUUGAGUUUUGUGACUGACUUUGCCUAUAUAUCUUUCUGGGGUUUUGUUUGUGUUCAAUUUUUAUUUUGCAUACUGAGGGUAUUUGGGGUGGGGUUGUUUUUUGAGAUGUGUAAUUCUUUUAUGGAGUUUUUAAAAAGAAUUUUCAUAUUGUUUUUCUAACAUGGCUUCAUUAAACGUUUAAGUAUUUUAAAACUAUGUAAUAUUUGGACCAGAUGUUGUGAAUAACAGUAGAGAAAAGCUAUUUUAUUCUGUAUUUUUAAAACUGUUCCGUACAAAUAAAAGCUCUCCUGGAUGUA